GGUAGUGGUGGUGGUGGUGAGCAGAGACUUGACUUUCAGUCCCCUCCCUUCAUUGACCUGCUCCAGGAUGUGGCCAUCCGACUAUGAGGGUAGUUGGUGGACUACCCGCUGUGCAGAAGAAGUGGCCCUGGCAGGUGAGCCUGCAGAUUAAUAACGUACAUUUAUGUGGAGGCUCCCUCAUCAGCCAUCGUUGGGUGCUAACAGCUGCCCACUGCAUAUUUGGCCAUAUGGAAUACACGGCGAAGCUUGGAGACAUCCAUGUGCAUCAUGACUCAAGAAUGGCAGUCAUUGUCCCAGUACGAGACAUCCUAAUCCACGAAGAUUUUAGCCUCAUUGGAAGAAUCACAAAUGAUAUUGCCCUUGCUCUGCUCGAAUUCCCUGUGAAUUACUCCUCGCACAUCCAGCCUGUGUGCCUCCCUGAAAAGGCUUUCCUGGUGCAAGCUGAUACGGAGUGCUGGGUGACCGGAUGGGGCAAACUACAAGAAAGCGAUGAAUCGCAGGACGUACCUCUUAUACUUCAGGAAGCUGAGAUAAGCGUUAUUCGCUAUGAGAAAUGUAAUGAGAUUUUCCAGUAUAUGUUGGCAAGCUCUUUGGACUAUGUCACGGCAGGGGUUAUCUGUGGCUAUAGCGACCAAGGAAAAGAUUCCUGUCAGGGAGAUUCUGGGGGACCCCUGGUCUGUGAAUUUAACCACACCUGGAUGCAGGUGGGGAUUGUGAGCUGGGGCUUCGGCUGUGGUCGAAAAGGAAUGCCUGGAGUUUAUACGGAAAUUAGUUACUAUAAAGACUGGCUCGCCAGUAAGUUGGGUCAAGCUUCCUCUGUGGACCCAGCAGCUUUCUUCAUCUUACUCCUGCUUCUGGCGCUGCCCUUGGGCAUCCUGAUGACCCUGUGA